AUGACUUUUACAAAUGAAGAAGAGGCGUAUCAUGCCUAUAAUGCAUAUGCCUUCAGCAAGGGAUUCGGAAUUCGUAAAGGUAAGAAAUUUUAUAAUCGUAAAAACGAGCUUCGAGGAUGCACGUUUUUGUGCUGUUGUGAGGGAUACUCAGAAUUUUCCCCCUCCGAUGAUAGAAAAACUGAAAGGUCACUAAAAAGAUGUGGGUGUGUGGCUCGUAUUAGAUUUCAUAUAGAAGGAGGUGUUUGGGAAGUGGUCGAAUUCAAUGAUUUUCAUAAUCAUCCUUUUGUUGAGGAUAAUCAAAAGCAUUUGAUUAGAUCGUGUCAAAAGAUUACAGAAACGAAGGGAUGCAUUCUUAACACCAUGGUAGAAUCUGGGAUUAAAGCCACAAAAGCUUAUUCUUACCUAACAAAUGAAGCGGGUGGAGCACAAAAUGUUGGUUUUACUCUUCAGGAUGCUAGAAAUUUUUUACAGUCAAAGAGGAUGAACUUAAUAAGUGCAGGAGAUUGUCAAAGUCUUUUGAAGCAUUUACAGUCUUUACAAGCUUCCGGAAGUAAUCUAUUCUACUCGUUCCAAGUAGAUGACCAAAAUAGAAUGACUAAUUUUUUCUGGUGCGAUGGUGCUUCACGAAUAGAUUAUGAUUGUUUUGGUGAUGUUGUUGUAUUUGAUACGACGUAUCGUACAAACAAGUACAACAUGGUGUGUGCGCCUUUUGUGGGGGUUAAUAAUCAUUGGAAGAAUGUUUUAUUUGGUUGUGCUUUUAUGCUAGAUGAGACAAUAACCUCAUUUAUUUGGAUUUUUGAGACGUCCAUGGAGGCAAUGGGAGGCAAGGCACCUAAAACAAUUUUCACUGAUCAAGAUAGUGCAAUGGCCAAUGCUAUUGGCAAGGUUUUCCCAAACAGUGUUCAUCGGUUAUGUGUUUGGCAUAUCUCUAAAAAUGCCACCCAACAUAUUUCGCAUCUUCUUUCGGAUUCUCGAUUUAAGGCAAAAUUCAAUAAAAUCAUGUAUGAAGUUGAAAUGGAGAAUGAGAUGGAGCAGCUUUGGAGAGAUCUAUGUGAAGAAUGGAAUAUUGGGGAAAAUAGGUGGUUGUGUAAUUUGUACUCGUUGCGUCAUAAAUGGUGCCCCGCAUUUAACCGUGCUAGUUUUUCGGCCGGCAUAAGAUCUACACAGAGAAGUGAAAGCACGAAUAAUGUUUUCAAACAUUUGUCUUGUAAGACAAUGACAUUAACCGAGUUUGUUAAUCACUAUGAGAAGCAAGCAGAAAAGAUGCGUGAUAAUCAAGUGGCCGAUGAUUUCGAAUGUACUCGAGGGGUGCCAAGAGUCAGUGUGGAUUGUGGUAUUUUGAGGCAAGCGGAACAAGUGUAUACUUUGAAGAUAUUCAAAAAAUUUCAAGCCGAGUAUUUUCAAGGAUUGUCAUGGCAUGUGACAAGUUCUAAGCAUGAAGGCGGAGUUUACACUUACACCUUGAGGAGGGAAUUAGGUCAUGCAGAGCAUUCUGUAAGUUUUGAUUCAAAUAAUGUUAUCAUCUCAUGUACAUGCAGGUUAUUUGAUUUAUUGGGGUGGUUAUGUUGCCAUGCAUUGACGGUAAUGAAUAAUCAUUUGAAUAUGACUACUAUUCCUAUGCAAUACAUACUAAAGAGGUGGACGAAAAGUGCAAGACGAGAAUUUCUUCAUGAUGACGGUGGUUCAUGCUCCUUCAAUUUGACAAUGUCAAAAACUUAUCAUCUGAAGGAGUUGAUGCGUCAAUCUUUUGACGUCAUGAGCUUAAGUGUAAAUGACGUUGAAACCAUUAAAAUUGCAAAAAGGAAACUCCAUGAGCUUGAUGUUGAGAUUAGAAACUAUGCCUCCUCGGUUUCUAAGAGCGAAAACCACACCAUGAGAAAUCAGGAUAAUGAUGUCCCUCAACAUGCUUCAACUCAGAUUCUUGAUCCUCUUAGAAGAAAGUCAAAGGGGAUGACAAAUACUCGACUGAAAAGUGCUAUAGAGAAGCGAAAGAAGGGAAAUUCUUCGAAAGGAAAAAAACAUUUGCCGCCAUUUCAUGGCAUGACUCCCAUAGAGCAAGCGCCAAUAUUGAAUACGGAUUUUCACGUGAAUCCAAGCCACCAAACCAUGGGUCUGUCAUCUAAUAUGAUGUCGAUUCAACAUGUUAAUGCACAACCUUUCUCAUAUACUUCAUUAUUGAGUCAGGGUUACCAAGGUGUUCCAAGUGUACCUCAAAUCAUGUUUCCGAGUGACUGUCCCCCUUGA